AUGGCUGCGCUGCCGGCUGGGCGGGCGCUGCUGCGGCUGCGGCUCCUCUCGGCGGCGCUGAAAACCCGGGUUCCUGCACCCCGAGCCGCGCCUGCGGCUGCUUAUGGCACCUCAGUGGUGUCUGCAAAAGUGGAUGUGAAUGGUGUUCGCCUGCACUAUCAGCGGACUGGAGAAGGAGACCACGCAGUCCUGCUGCUUCCUGGGAUGUUAGGAAGUGGGAGUACCGAUUUUGAACCCCAGCUUAAAAACCUGAGCAAGAAGCACUUCAUGGUGGUCGCCUGGGACCCUCGAGGAUAUGGAUGGUCCAGACCUCCAAAUAGAGAUUUCCCAGUGGACUUUUUUGAAAGGGAUGCCAAAGACGCUGUUGAUCUGAUGAAGACACUGAAAUUUCCGAAAGUCUCUCUGCUGGGAUGGAGCGAUGGUGGGAUAACGGCGCUCAUUGCAGCUGCAAAAUAUCCAUCUUACAUCAACAAGAUGGUGGUCUGGGGGGCCAAUGCGUAUGUCACUGAUGAAGAUGAAAUGAUUUACCAGGGCAUCCGGGAUGUUUCUAAGUGGAGCAAGAGAAUAAGAGAGCCCCUAGAAGCCCUGUAUGGGUAUGACUAUUUUGCUCAAACGUGUGAAAAAUGGGUGGACGGCAUUCUGCAAUUCAAACAUCGGCCAGACGGUAAUAUUUGUCGACAUUUGCUGCCCCUUAUUCAGUGCCCCACUUUGAUUGUGCAUGGGGAGAAAGACCCUUUGGUCCCAAGAUUCCAUGCAGACUUCAUCCAUGAAUAUGUCAAAGGCUCACGAUUGCAUCUGAUCCCUGACGGAAAGCACAACCUGCAUUUACAGUUUGCAAAUGAAUUCAACCACUUAGUGGAAGACUUCCUGCAGCCUUGAUUCUGGGGCUUGGGGUCUUCUGUUUGUGAAUGAUCCUCGCCUUUGAAAUCUCACACAAGUCCUAGCUCAGUUCAUCUGCCUUCCUGGAAUCUCCUGCAAACUCCUACUGAUCAAAUGUGAAUUGCUGUAAAUCAGAAUAAUGGCAUAUUGAAAACACUAAAAUUUUUAUAGUUACAGAAAUUAUGUCUGAUUUUUAAUUUGGCAGUUUAUAGCACUGUCUUAAAAAAAAUUCCUACCUUGAUGUUUUACUUUCAAAUAAACAUUUAGGUCAAGCA